CAAAGCGCCCGGCGACGCGGAGCGUAAUAUUUUUUUCUCAAAAAAUCAAAAAUGACUGCUGGGUCUUCGGAAGAAGAGAAAGCAGACCCAGAAUUAGUGGAAAAGAUUAUUCACACAUUAAAGUCAAAGGGAUGUUUUGAUCAGUUCAGAAAAGAAUUUAUUGCAGAGGCUGACACAAAGCCUGCAUAUCACAAUCUACAACAGAGAGUAGAAUCAUAUGUAUCAAGAUUUCUUAGCCAACAAAAAUGGAGUCCAACACUAAACAAAAAUCAACUGAGAGAGAAUCUUCGCAGACAGAUAAAUCAGUCUGGUAUGUUAAACAAAGGAGUGGAAAGGAUUGUGGAGCAAACAAUCAACCCAAAGAUCAUGCAGCUUAUAAAGCCGAAGACAGAUGAGGUGACUUGUGAACACCUUAACAUAAGUCUUACUGAACAUAAGAAUGCUCUGAAGAGAAAGCAACAAGAACAGCAGGAGAAAUUGAUGAAAUCCCCUGAUUCUGCCAGCAUUCAGAGUCUUCUAAAUAUUAAUUUUAACUCACCACCACCAGCCACUAAUGCUGGUCCGUUUGCCAACACAAGUUCACCUGCUAUGUUACCUGGACAAUACAACCCAGGACCACCUCCUGCAGCUGGCAUGCUUGGACCAACACCCACACCAGCACCAGGCCAAUUUCCUCCUCAGCUUCAAGGUUACAGCGGUGCCAACCCAGCUGGACUAACUUUUCCAGGGAUCAGUCAACAAAAUUUUCCUUUUUUACCGCAUGGUUGGAAUGCUUCAUUAAAUGCUGGAUUUCCACCAAUUUUCCCAGGCCAUCCUUUUCAAACUUUUGGCAUACCCCCUCCAGGUACAGCAAUGACUGUGCCCCCACCAGCUGCAGGAGGCCUCAUGAUACCCCCAGUGAGCAGUGCAGUAAUCACAAAGCUCUGCACAACUAGGAUGGUGAGCUUGGGGAUCAGACUGGUGAAGGCACCCGAAGAGGCAAAUAACAGGUUUGCCUGGGGAUUGAAGAUAUACCAGGAAGUUGACCUUGAGGAUUCUGUCGGGUCAAGUGACAUUAGUUCUGUGCACACAAGUGAUCUGUCCCAUUUUGAGGACAGUGAGAACAGUUCAGAUAGUGACCUUGAAGAUCUGGAGAAUAAACUACAACAGUUGAAGGAGAAACAUAAAGAAGAGUCAAACAUUGAACAUGGUUCAGAAGCUGUUAAGGAGUCAGUGGAAGCCCAAGUAGAAAUGAUGGAUACAGGGACUGCUGAAACACCAUCAGAAAUUGCUCUUACAGAACCUGCACUCAUCAAAUCUCAAAUGUUAACACCUACUGAGAGCCAAGUGAUUGAUGAGGGUGCAUUGAAGAAAGAGGUAGCAGAAAAGCCACGUAAACUACUGUCGUUACAGUAUAACUACAGCGAUAGUGAAGAUGAAGAGACGCGAGAAGAAAGAAAAGCUCGAAUUGCAAAAGAGAAAGAGGACCGUUAUCAAAGAAGACUUCAGCGUCGUGCUGAACUUGAAGCAAAACGUAAAGAACGAGAGGAAGAACGUCUUCGUCAGAAACUGGAGAAACUUGAAAGAGCUAGAGAGCUACAGGAAAAAGCUGAUAAAGAAAAGGCAGAAAAAGAGCAUGUAGAUGAAACAAAUGUUGAGAUUGAAGGCAAGGAAGAUACUAUUGUUAAAAUAGAGAUUGAGAAAGCAGAAACAGACAAUGUUGUGGAAGAAGUCAAAACUGAAAGUAAAGAUGUUGAUAAGGAACAGGUUGAAAAGAUUAAGGAUGAGGUAGAAAAACCAGGAGAUCUUGUUCUUACUACAGACAAUGAUGGAACUGUGAAGGAAGAAGUUUUGAAAGAGCAAGAAGUGAAAGAGAUGGAGGAAGCUGUAAUUGAAGAAACAACUACUAAAGUAGAAGAAGACCUUAGUAAAGAGGUGCAUAUAGAAAACACUGAAAUAUCAGCAGAGAGUAAAGAAGUAGAAACAUUGGUUGCUGAAGAAACAUCAGGAGAUACUGACAUAAAAGUGAAAACAGAAAACGUCUCAGGAACGGAAAAUGAAACAGUUUCAACAGUUAAAGAAGAUGGUGAAACAAUGGUUGUUAUGGAAACUGAGGCAGUGGUUGCUAUGGACACUGAAACAAUCAAGACUGAUGAAACUACGGAAACAACCAAAACAGUUAAUGAAGAAGAAGUUAAAGAAGAGAGUACAGUGGAAGUUAUGACAGGAGAGAAAGAUACUAGUUUAGAGCAUAAUGUAUCAGACCCACUACCUGUGGACACAAGUCUCAAUACAGAGUCAUCUGCCACUGCCACAGAAUCCAGCGUAACCCUUGACAACAGCAUGGCAGAAAUACCCAGCUCUACUGAAAAGAAGAAACAGAAACGUAAAACAAAGGCAGAAUUGAAAGCUGAGCUGAAAGAACAGAAAGUGAUGGAAAGAAAGAGUAGAAGACAAAGAAUUAGAAAUAAAAGAUAUAUGUCAGAUGAGUUUGUGUAUAAGGGUUUACCCAACACUCACCUUAGUCAGAGUUAUGAUGAAACAUUGGUGAUAGAAGAAACUGUUGAAAUGGUGGAGAUCGACUCGGAACAACAAACUUUUGAAUUUGAUGGUAGUCAGGUUGAACUUGUGGAGAUACCUCUUCCUGAUGAAGGUGAAGGUCAGUCUGUUACCUUGGAAACAGUAGAGUUCUCUGAGCUAGACAUUCCAGAGGAUGGUGGGGAAGUUCUUGUUGCUGAAGGAGAGACUUAUGUUGUUACUGACACAGCAGAAGGUGACCCUGAUAUUCCACUGGAAGAAGAAACGGUUAUAGAAGAUACUACAACCACAGAGAUUGUUGAGGUAACUAUGGCAGACACUGCCAUUGAAACAGGGGCAACUACUAGGUCACGAAGUAAACUCAAUGAUGAUAUCAAGAGUAACUCAAGCGAUCAUUCUGAUUACAAAGCAGAGAUACAGUCUAAGCAAGCAGAUGGGAGAAAGAAAAGGAAAAGAACAUCAAGCCAGUCUAGCACCGGAGAACCAGUCACAAAAAAGCAAACCAGUCAUACAGAGGGGAGACAACUCAGAAACAGGGACAGCAAGAGUGAGAAGACGGAAUCGAGAACAAGAAAGAGUUGUUAUAAUACAGAUGACCUAUAUAAACCAAGACACUCAUUUUCAAGAAAAUCUGCUCCAUCACCUCCACCUUUACCCAGUGGGCCUCCACCCCCACCCUCUGUGCCAGAGCCACCUUCACUUCCACCUCUCCCUCCACUUCCACCUCCACCAACAGAGUCAUUUGGUGGGGAAAAAGACAAUGAAAUUCCUUUAGCUCCUGAAUCUCCAGAUGCUUCAGACUCAGAAACAUCAUCUAAAGCUAGCUCAAAAGAUAGCAGAAAAAGGAAGAGGCACUCCAGAUCAAGAUCAAGGUCAUCAAAGAAAAGUAAAAGGUCAAGAUCAGGGUCAUCCAAAUCCAAAAGAUCAGGAUCAUAUUCUAGUAGGUCCUCAUAUUCCAGAAAGCGCUCAAAGUCAAGAGGGAGUCGAUCAAGGUCACUGUCAUCCAUAAGCAGUGAAUCAAGAUCAAGGUCAAGAUCUAGUAGAUCAUACAGCAGAUCUAGAUCAAGAAGUAGGUCAAGUUCAGGUUCAAGGUCAGUUUCUAGAUCAAGGUCAAGAUCAAUAUCAUCUAUUUCUUCAAAGCGUUCAGCAUACUCUGAUGAUUCAGAGGAAAGAAGACGUAAGGCAAGGCCCUUGGAUGAGGUAAAUUUUGGUGAAGCAGCAAAGAGAGCAAGGCAACAAGUCAUGACGCCUUUUGGAAUGAGAGGCCCUGUCCCGAUGGGUCCAAGACCACCUAUGAUGCCAAUGGGUCCAAGAGGACCAAUAGGUCCAGGUCCAUAUCCUAUUCGUGGAAUGCCUCCUAUGAUGAUUGGUGGACCACGAGGGAUGGUAAGAGGUCGGUACCCAUCACCACGACACAUAGGACCAGAUGGAUCUCCAUUGAGACCACCUGUUGGUUCUCCAGGGAAGGCAUAUUACCCCCCUGGCAGACCAGUAUACAUGCCACAGGGACCUGCCUGGGAAGAUCCAUUAAGACCUAGACAGCCGUAUUAUGAUGAUGAUUAUUACCCACCUGACGAUUUACACGAGGGACCUGGAAAGACUGGUAUUACAGAGCGUGGUACACUUUAUAGAGAAGAUAAAAGUCCGACACCCCCACCUGAGCGACGUCCAGUGUACACACCACCGACAGCAGUGUAUCGUGAGGGAUCUAUGUCUCCACCUAUACCGACUGGUAUUACUGAAAGAGGAACACUAUAUCGGGAAGACACAUCUCCUUCUCCUCCCCCCAUGUACAGACGACGUACACCAUCACCUCCAUUGAGACCUAGACAUAGGUUAGAGUCCCUGUCACCUUCACCACCACCAGUGUUGCGGAGACGUACACGUAGUGCUCGUAGUGGAUCAUACGAGGCUAUAUCUCCUUCUCCCCCACAUCAUCCGUCCAGACGUAUUUCAGUCUCCCCUCCCCCUCAUCCCUCCAGAAGGUUAUCAGUAACCCCACCCCCUGUACAAAGAAACACCCCACCCGUUUUACGUCGUACAAGAGCACCUGUCACUGGAACACCUUCACCGCCAUCUUCAGGUGAACUCACACCAUCCCCGCCAGAUCUCAGAGACAGGUCAAAUUCCCCUGUUAGUCCUGGGCCACUAGGUCCAGUUUCCCCAUUAUCCCCUCGAGGCCCAGCUUCACCUAUUGAUUCAUUAACACCCUCUCCCCCAGAUCCCAGAGAGAGAUUGGCCCCUGCUUCUCCACCAGCAUCCCCUCGUAGAUCAAGACGUCAUCGCGUAAGGGAACCAGCAUCACCUUCUUCCUCUCCUGAGGUUGCAACCCCAGUCAGAGGAAAGAGGGGAACCAGAAACAGUUCCUCACUGGAAGAGGAACCAGCUCAGUACGUAACACGAGAAACAAGAGCAAGACAUGCAAAGAAAUCAAAACGCUCAAAGCGAUGAUUUUAAUGGACCAUUUAAUGGACAUCAAGCUGAUGCUCUUAUAUAAUUGUGUUCAUUUUCACUGUUUGUAUAAAAUUAGGUUUAAAAGAAUUCUUUAGUGACAAUGGAUUUAAAGAGGUGCAGCAGUGACUUAGAAAUGUUGCAGUAAAACAUAUGAAUGAGGAAAAGGGGCAAUCAAAAUAAACUGGACACAUACAUGUAUAUAUGUCCCAUGAUUAAAUAGUUUGAUAUGAUUUGCCAUUAUGAACCUAAACUUUCACAAGUUUAACACGUGUGGGAGUAUUUAUCAUUAAAAAUAUUGUAAUUUUGUACAAUAGAUGAAACCAUAUUGUACUGGGCAUACUAGGUCAGGCUAAAUUAUGUUAAUUUAUUGAUAUGCUAGUCAGACUUGUUAACAUUCAGCAAGUGACAUAGUAUUGACAUUUUUAUAUUUAUAGAAAAACGAAACUACUUGAGAAUUUAUUUAAAAAUGAGAGAUAUUUGUUUAUUGACAUUUUAUUCAAGUUGUAAAUACAUUUGUACAUGUAUUACCAAUGUGAUGGUCAUUUUUCAAAAGUCGAUUUUGUUUAGAUACUAGUAUACCUAUCAUGAUGAAUAGCCCGAGGCCAAAAAAAAAAUUGACCGUUAAUUUAUUUCUGUGUUCAUUUUAUAUAUAAACUACUGUAAAAGACAAUUACAAACUUCUCAAUUUGUGAACAAGACAAGAUUUUAUAUUUGAUUCUGCUAUAAUAUAGAGAAUAGAUUAUAAAGAUUGUAAGAGUGUAGAAAUCAUGCAAGAGUAACAGUAGGGUGUAACCAUGUAUAAAUCAAUGUAUUUAUAACUUAUUACAUCACGCUGAGCAUGACUGCAUUGAAAAAAUAAGAAAAUGCAGAUAGAUAGACACCCAUUUAGGUUGAAGUCUAAAUUUGUUCAUCAUUUUCUGAUGUUAGCAUUAGGAUAUGCAAAAACACGUUAAAAUGAUAUUGUUAAUGUAUUUCAAAAUUUGUACAGUGUUUUUCAUGUAUAUAUUUGUAAAAAUAUAUUACUUAAAUGUCUGAAAAAAAAAU